UAGGGUGCUAAAGACCUAACAAAAUGGAAAAAAAAUUUCAUUAUUGCAAAAACUGAAUGAGCUACUCCGAAAACCGCGAUUUAUAAGACUGUUUUGCUAUAACUUUAGAUCCUAAUAUGAAAAGACAUUUAUCUUACACAAGAAAGAAAAAAAAAAAAUAUCCAAUCUCAUGAAGAAGAAGCCGCUAAAGCGAAUGGCGUACUCAGUUUUUUAAUACAACUAACCAAAAAGUUACCCACACGGCCGAAAGUGACAAUUUGCUACUAUUUUUCACGAAUUUUCGAAUUUAUUCGUUAGGAUUUUCCAGAUAGUAGUAAUUUUUCCAAAACUAAAAUAUUUAAAAUUGUAGCUAAUUUAAUGUAGUUUUUAAAAAAGUGAACGGAUUUUCGAUCGAAUUAUAUUUGAACUGGUAAAUUAGGCUUAAGUGAAGCCAUCUUGAAAACCACUUUCAAACUUGACAAACAUCGUCAAAAAUUUAAAAGCCAAAGCAGGAGUGGAUAAAACUGUCGUACUGUAGAAUACUGUAAUCUAUAUUUACGACUGAUAAUAACAUUAUUAUCUUACAUAAUCAAAAAAAUAGACAAUAUUGAUGCAAGCGAUAAUGGAGAAAACGACAAAGACUAGUAGUUACUUCCUAAUUGAGAAAACACUGCGCAAUUUCUCGAAAUCAACGUUGCCUACUCGGGAGCACGUUCUGCGUCGGCUAAUUAACCUUCGUUUAGAAGACAAUUUAACAGUGAAUGAAAGUAUUUUUCGCGUCGUCGGUGAAUUGGUAAACAUUUGGUCGUGUUUAGGCGUCGUCACUAAGUUAAAGACAGCAGUGAAGCAUGACGUUGCCAAGUUCUACACUGAAUACCUUAACAUUAAAAAAAACAAAUUUGACAACAAUGGUAAACGAAGAGAACUUAGAGAAUCAAAAUUUAAAUCAACAUUUCCCCUACUCUUCGACAUUGUUGUAGACCCGAUGAAUGUUGUGGAGUUAAGUAUGGAUGCUUUUAUUACAGAAAAUACAAAGACAUUUUUUGAGUCAUUAUUUGUGGACGCAUCAAAUUACAAAAAUUUUUUGGAAAUUGACCCCAGUCGCUGGAUAAACAACCAAAAUUAUUUACGCGCUGAAGCAAUAGUAAAAAAAAUUAUUGUUGUGAACGAUACGGCCGAAAGGGCAAUAAGUAUGGCAACAAAGUUAAAUGAAAAAGUAACCACUUCCGAAACCGAGAAACAGAUGGUUUUUCAACUCGUAGAGGCGCAUCAGAAAGUGUUUCCCUACCUAGCAUCCAAAAACGACAUUGUUAAAAAUUUCAAUAAAAUUUAAAGUACGUAUGUCAGACAUGGCUUUACGUAAAUCUAAUUUAUUAGUUCAAAUAUAAUUUUAUUUGAAAUCUGUCAACUUUUUUUAUGACUACAUUAAAUUAGCUACAAUUUUAAGUAUUUUAGUUUUGGAAAAAUUACUACUAUCUGUAAAAUCCUAACGAAUAAAUUUGAAAAUUCGUAAAAAAUAGUAACAAAUUGUCACUUUAGGCCGUGUGAGUAACUUUUUGGUUAGUUGUAUUAAAAAACUGAGUACGCCAUUCGCUUUAGCGGCUUCUUCUUCAUAAUAUUGGAUAUAUAUUUUUUUUUUCUUGUGUAAGAUAAAUGUGUUUUCAUAUAAGGAUCUAAAGUUAUAGCAAAACAGUCUUAUAAAUCGCGGUUUUCGGAGUAGCUCAUUCAGUUUUUGCAAUAAUGAAAUUUUUUUUCCAUUUUGUUAAGUCUUUAGCGUCCUAUUUUUAUAUUCUGCUGCCGGAGGGAGGAUCUGAAAUACUUUAGCAAAAUGUAUGGAGAAAAUAAGGCAUCUACUAAAUACGCAAAA